GCGACAGCCCCGGGUUCCUGCGGCUGGUGGAGGUGCUGGUGGAGAUGUCGGUGCCGGAGCGCAAGGCGUUCCUGCAGUUCGCCACCGGCUGCAGCACCCUGCCGCCCGGCGGCCUCGCCAACCUGCACCCCCGCCUCACCGUAGUGCGCAAGGUGGACGCGGGCGACGGUUCGUAUCCGUCGGUGAACACGUGCGUGCACUACCUGAAGCUGCCGGAGUACUCGUGCAAGGAGGUGCUGCGCGAGCGCCUGCUCGCCGCCACCAACGAGCGCGGCUUCCACCUCAACUGAGACCCACAUCAUCUCGCUGAAACUAUUAUUAUAGCUACUUCUUACAUUAUAGAGCGAUUACUCGUAAAGCUGCGUACAAGAUUUCCGUGUAACACUGGUCGUCCGCUUUACGAGCGAUAUCUCUAUGAGAGACACGGGCUACGGUUAUACAUAAUUAAACUAUAUCGUGCACUUUUGCUCCGCGCUAUAACUACACUAAUUUUAUAUUUAGCGUAACAUAGAAUAUUCUCGUGCGUUUUAGUGAUACGAAUAGAAAAGCAGACAUAUUAACCGUUUCAUAAUAUUUUAAUCCUUAUAAGGCGUACGUUAUUCGAUGUAGAAUAAUCUGCUAUUAACUUACACUGGAUUUAUUAUAUCAAUUUUAAUAUUGAAAUAUUAUAAUUAUGUAAGCGUAAUUUCCAGAUAGUCAAAGAAAUAUUUUACUCGAUUGGCGAGCCGUAGAAUGGGCCUUUUUGAAAAAUAUAAAAAAAAUGUGAUUUUUAUCUUUUUGUGAUGUCGUUUGCAAUAUGGGGCAGUGACCCAAAAUAAUAUAACACCAAUAUAUUUAGUUUGUUUUAAAUACAUUAAUAUAGUGUUCGUAAAGUGUUUGUCUAUGUAGAGCUAUGUUACAUAUAACGAGAUGCUUUUGCAUUGUUUGUUGGUAUACGGCAGUGAGGGAGAAUGGCCGCCGCCUUCUAGCUUUACUUCAAUGCUAAUAACGAUAAUUAAAAGUAUUUACUCCUUAAACAUAAACAGACCUAUCAUUGGUGUUUUUUUAAAUUAUAAAAACCAAAUGUUUUCUUAUUAAAGAUUGCAUAGGAAUGAAAUUAAUUUGUAAUUUUAAUAAAAACAUUGUUUUGAAUUAAAUGUUAUGGAUUUAAAUAUUUAAAAUUUUCUAUAAGCUGAUGAAUUUUUAUAUUAUGAUAUAGAAAUAUAUAAGGUACAUUCUAAAUCCUAUGUAUUUUUGUAACAUGUCUGUGCUUAUUACCAAAUAUAUUGCAUAUUUUUAUGUACGAGGCAAAGUUUAAAAAUAAAAAAAUGCUAUGUGAAAAUAUUACUUUUCUCAUCCAAUUAGUGUUUCUUUGAUCUGUAUUUAUUUUAUAACACAGGUAAAUGUUCAAUUCGGACUGAAUAUUUUUUUUAUUUUGAUGGUGUGUAACACCCAUUGUGUUGACAAUGGCUAGCAUUAUGUUCCUUUAGUUAGUUUUUUCAACUAAAAGUUGGUGAUGUGAUUUAUUAUAAAAAUCUUAAAUGAAUUUAAUGAAAUGUAGUUUUCAUAAGUAAAAUAUUAUUAACAUUCUAUCAUCUUGUAGUAUUCCAGUAUUUGUUGUUGAGAAUUGUAUCAAUAAAUUAAGCAAAAUGA